CAAGCCGCCCUGGGGUGCAGCUGCGCUGGACAUGGGACCACGGGACGCCCAGCUCCUGGCAGCGCUCCUUGUCCUGGGGCUCUGUGCCCUGGCAGGGGCCGAGAAACCCUCCCCCUGCCAGUGCUCCAGGAUGAGUCCUCAUAACAGGAAGAACUGCGGCUUCCCAGGGAUCACCAGUGACCAGUGCUUUGACAAUGGAUGCUGUUUCGACUCCACUGUUGGUGGGGUCCCCUGGUGUUUCCACCCCCUCCCGAAGCAAGAGUCGGAGCAGUGCGUCAUGGAGGUCUCUGACCGAAGAAACUGUGGCUACCCAGGCAUCAGCCCCGAGGAGUGCGCCUCUCGGAAGUGCUGCUUCUCCAACCUCAUCUUUGAAGUGCCCUGGUGCUUCUUCCCGAAGUCUGUGGAAGACUGCCAUUACUAAGAGCCGCUGGCUCCAGCGGGUGUUCCGAAACAAAAGGAGAAGCUUCACCGCCUGUCAGCUUCAUAGCUCAUGAAAUCCUGGGCUGUCUGAAUCAUCUUUUUAUCCUUUCAAUGGUCUAACGUACAAUUUCUUUAAAUAAAACUCUUAAAAUGUGC